AUGUGUACAGUACACUAGCGGAGGGGCCAUCCUGAACAACUUGCCCUCCACCAACCUCGUGUCCUCAUUUGGCUGGAGUGAAACAUGUUCCUAAAGUCUGGUUUCUGUUCAUUUGCUUUUAAUAUAAUGCAACUUAAACUAUAAGGGUAAAAUUUCCAGCUAAUUGAUUUGCCAUGUGAACUGUAGGAUCCCCUCUUCCCAAAAUGUGUGUGUGUGCUCACACACACAUUUUGGGAAAUCAUUUGAAAAUAAUGGGAUAGUUCUGAUCACUGUAAUUUUUUUCAAAAUAAUUGUAAUAAGUCCUAAAAUAGUAUUGGUAUUGAUUAGAAGGGAAUUGUAAGCGGAAGAAGAGACCAAUUAGGAUCACUGUCUCUUAAACAAUGAUAGGCUGCUAUACAGUGUAGAUUAGAAGCUAGUACUACAAUUACUAGGUUAUAUAAACCGCUGCAGUGAAUAAACCUAUAGUACUGGACUGGCACAGAUUUGCUACUACAUUACCAAUAUCUGAUUAUCACUGUAGGAGAAAAAUAAACAGCAAAUGCAGGGGAAGGACAGUAAGGCAAUCAGGUCAAUGUCUUGCUAAUCAAAAAAAACAGAUGCUCCCUUAUUUUGGGCAUUUCAGGUCUUUAGGCUUCUAAUUGAGUCACUGUGGCUUGUUAACAAAUAUAGUGUGUGCAUCUGCGGAUUUCCUUUGCUUUUGGAAAGGAUUAAAAUAGAAGAGAUUUUUAAUGGGAAUUUAGGAAAACUAAAAUAUUCAUCUGAAUAUUAACUCUGUGGAUGAAAUAUGAAAACUGCCUCUUUUUUUAAACUGCCUCUUUUUUCACUUUGGAUGUGGUCCUUGGAAAGUUACUUUUCGCAUUUUGAAUCUAAAUGCCUGUCAGGUAACACGUUCAUUGAAUCUUUUCCAUUUUUGACCACUGUUCAAAAUUCUUGUUGUGAAUGUUCAUGGAACUGGGGUGUUAGAUUUAUCAGAGGCAGAACAGUAGUUUUUGACUUCUGAGUUCUAAUGACCUGGAAUGCUGUAGAUUCAGGCUUGUCUGCAUUUAAAAUUUAACUAACAGCUGUUGAAAGAGAAUUGGCACCAAAUUUAUGUUCCAAAAACCAGAAGAUGCUACUCUGGAUAACAAUUGGUGCUGACCUGUCUAGAUGCUGGGGAGAAGGGCAUGUUGGAACUAUCAAGAUAGUGGCUAAUUAAUAAAUUUUAGAGAAUGGUAACUUAGCACUAGAAGGACUAGCUAGAAACUGAACACAUGGAUUCUGGAUGGCUCACGGCUUGCUUAAAGUAUAAGUUACAAAGCUGUUCCCUUCUAGGUCACUGGUUCAGCUCUAGUUCAAAUUGGCGUUGAUUGAGAAUAGGUAAUACCUGGUGUGGGUGCUUAUUAGGUAGUAUGUGUGAAAUGAGUUACCUUAGUCCAGUUACCAAUAAACAAGUAUCAAUAUCAUUAAAUCUGCUCUUUCCAGUCUUGGAGAAGAGGCCAAGAACUGAAUUAGACCCUCUCUCGCUUAUUGAAAGUGGCCCCUCAAGAUCAGUAUUAGAGAUUAAUUGGGCUAGGCAGUGAAGAAGAAACUUGCAGAAUAACCAUCUGUGCUGUACCUGUUCUUGGUUGGAGUUCUUUGAUCUCCAAGACUUUCAUGAGCACUAACCAGGCUCCAGUUUUUUUGAGAGACAACAAAUAACACCAGCACUUACUAAAAUAAUAAAAAUAAAAAAUAUGCCUGUUGAUCUUUUUUUAAUCUGGCCCUGGGAUUAUAAACCAUAUACUCUGAUCUUGGUGCACCUGAAUCUGCACCAGGACUCCAAGAUGAGAAUUUCCAUCCCCAGAGGCUCCACUUGCCUUCAUGUGAAAGAAUGCAAACUGGCAAUGAAUUCAAGACGACCUGGUAUUCUGCCUCCCAGUGUGGCUAAUUGCUGGUACUUCAGAGGAAAAGAAUCCCUACUCCCUAUAAGGCAAUUAGCCAGUUGUUCAAAGACGUAUGUGUUUGGGGAGGCAUUUCUUCCUGCCAUCCUUAUGAUCUGAAGCAAUAAGAAAGGAUCACUUCUGUGGUGGCAGGCUCAUUACACAAUUAUUUAGCUUUUUUGUAAAUCCAAGGAAAUAGUGAUCUGCCAGUAAGCGUGGUGAGGUAAGAGGUCCUUGGUGGGACAGAAGGUUGUUUGUUCCUUGUUAAAAUUAGAACAAAGUCAUAUAGUUCUUUGUAGGAAAAACACUUUUUGGGGAAGGGUGCGGCUAAGCCAUAAUGUCUGAUGUGGGGCUCUUACCACAAGGUUGGGAGCCAGAAAUUUCUGAGUGCUAGUCUUGGAACUGACCCUUACAUUCUCUGUCACUUGGGCAAGACACUGCUCUCAUGAGUUUUCCCAGCUGUGAAGGUAAUACUUGCAACUGUUCCUUGCAGCCAUGUUGAGGAGAUUAAUUCAUGGUUUCAAAGCUCUUUGAAAAUGAAAAAUGCUAUAUUAGUGUUAAGUAGUAUUGUUAAUUGGAAAAAAGGGGUGGGAGAAGAAUGGUUUAUUAGAUGGAAAUAAGUACGUUCAGUAAACCCUUAGUGUGGGCUAAAUAACCAUACAGAACUCUUCAUGACACUAGUCAUUUAUGUCUUGCUUUCUUGGCUAGGAAGAUAGAGAUUAUGGGGUUUAUUUGGUUUAUAAAUUACAUUUUUUUCACUUUCUUCAGCAAAAUAGCUUUGAAAUUAAGGGCUCAAUUAAAAACCAAUGUCUAACCCACAUCUUUUUUAAAAUCUCACCCCGUUAAUAGUUCAUGUUGCUGGAUUCAUCUAGCCAUUUGAGGAUAAGAAACCGGUGACUGUAAGUUCCUCUGGGCAGAGCCCUUAUUUUUCAAUAUGCCUGUAACUACUGCACACCCUUGUAUCACUACAGACAAUGAAAAUGAGUAGUGCUGUCUAGCCUCCUGUGUUGAACUGGACAUUCUAAAUAGGCUAGCUCUGCAAUAGGGCAGAAAGGUAACAGGAUGUGUAUUCAUUUUGCAUGGAGAGUGUAAUUUGUAGAUGAACAAGAUCUGUGUUUUUCUCAUUUGGAAAGAUGAAAUGUCAGUCUUGCAGCUAAAGACACUGGUUGUUUUAAGAAUGAAUGUUCUCACUAUCACCACCACUUUAUAAAAUGAGAGAUUCAGCUUCCUGGCCUAGAGAGAUUGCAACUGCCAUUGGGGAGUACUGUACAACUGGUUCAUUUCCUCUUCCUGUCACCCCCUUUCAGGGCUGACAUGGGCUUGCAGAACUGAAGCUCCUGUUUGGAAAAGAAAGCCCCAAAGAAUAACGGGAUUUAAUUAAGAAAAGGAAACUUAGGUUGAAUAUCAGAAAAACCUUUCUUAUGGUUAUGUGGAACAUCCUUUCAGGGGAAGUGCUGGAUGUCCAAUUUCUUCACACAUUUAACUCUUGUCUGUAUCAGAUCAAGAAACACACUUGCAGGCUUUGCUGCAGUUGUUUGAAUGUACAGUUUCUGCCUCUCUAAAGCUCUAGAAAUUCUGGGUCUUGAGCUUACAGUCAUCACAUGCAGAAGGGUCAAUGCAUUCAGAUAGCAGAGUACUAAGCUGCAGUCUGUAAGUCUUUAGAAGCAUUAAUCCCAACUAAUAUGUGACUUAAACAGAUGCCAUCUAUCUUAUUAUCAGCCAUCCAUAUGCGACAGAAUACAUUGCUCAAACAACAUUUCAAGGGAAUUUUUAAAAGGAAGGGAAUAAACACGAAUGAGGAAAUGAUGCCAGAAAAUCUUAACCCUCUUCCAACCACAUACUGUUUUCUUACUGGCAAAAAAGCAACCCCAGCAACAAUUAACCACAUGGUGUUGCAAGCUGUUUAGCCUCAUGAGGAGAGAUUUUGUUCCCUAUGUGGUUAAAGGUAGCAUAAUUUAAUGAAUCUGGGUCAAGAGCUUUCAAUGAAUUAAAGUGUGUUUGUGUUACUUCGUAGAAAAUAGGUUCCCUAGCCCCAUCUGCUGCUCAGUGGUUGGAUCUGCCACUCAUUUUUAUCAAGUAAUAAAAAUUCAAUGGCUUUCUUCAUUUGAGCUUGUAAAUCAUUAAUCAUAAAGUGGAUGUUGGACCAAAAUUCCCUAAACAUACAACAGUACCUUGCAGAAAUGCCCAUUUUGUUUGUGCCUUCCAGUGUAAAACUGCUGAUGAGAACCACCCUCCCACAGCCAGUCAUAACAAGAAUGCUAACCACAGGCAGAACCAUCCAGGCCUUGGUGUUUUGAUCUGCCCUGCAUUGUUUUGCUGUAGUUAUCAUGAAAGUAACAACAAGCUGUGGUGUUUAUGGUCCUGUCCCUCCAGUGUCAUGUUCAGUAAUGACACUUGUGCUGCAGUACAAAAAUUCAGUCUCUCUUCUUUUCUCGUCUGAUCAAGUUCUUGACAAUGAUUGUAGACGGUUUGCUUAUGCUGCUGUUAGUGCUUUCUUUAGCACAAGCAUCUUCAGUCCAGAAUGCACGUCAUCCCAAAUUCCUGAACGUCGGUAAGUUGACACUACAUGAUCUCUUUUUUUUGGAAAAAACUAUUAAACAGGCUAAUGCCAUUAGCCAGUGGAUUUUAAUUCAGCAGAUCCUGUGCACACGCUUAAACUUGUUUGAUAAGCUCGUUCCUUCCCUGCUUAAUAGUGCUCUCUGUUGCCAAAUGUUCCCCCUUCUCCGCAUCUGCAAUAUAUCUACUAUAAAUAUGACUUGAUUAGUGCCAUAACACUGUUGGCUGUUAAUGAUACCAAACCCUAAUGGCUGCUCCCUAGAAACUGGCAAAAAAACCCAAAAACAACCAGAUAAUAAUAAUAAUUAAUACCAUGAGGUGAAACGGGGCACCUCGGGUCAAAUCAGAAGGAGCUAUUUGGGUUCCAUGGGGAUUUCUUUCUUUGGUCAAGUGCUCAGCAACCCUACCUAAUAGCCCAAAUAAGUCAUUUCUUCUGCUCCUAGGUCAGAAGUUGCCAUUUCUGUUAAUAUUUUGAAAGCCCCAUUUUAAAAGGGAAGUCUUGGAGACUCCGGUGACGGCACUGACACCUGGCAAGAUUGUCAUGCACCUGAUUUACACACUGGAACCAAUUGUGUGACUAGAGAUUGCAGGAUCAGGCUCCUGAUGAAGGAUUGGCCAACAAACUGUGGUGUUCCAUAUUUUCAACCAAACACGGUGGAGAGGAUUAUAUCAGGCAACGAAGUAAGGCCACAUUCUUGGCCUUGGCAAGUCUCAUUACAGGUUUGGACUAGAACAAAUAGCAAAUUUAUUCAUGUUUGUGGAGGGACUCUCAUUCACAAAAGCUGGGUUCUCACUGCUGCCCACUGCUUCCAGAAAGGAAAGGUAGAAGAUGCAGCAAACUGGCGAAUUCUCCUGGGCAAGCAUAACCUUAAUCGUACCGAAUCCACAGAGCGAGUCUACCGUGUGAAGCGAAUUUAUCAGCAUGAGCAUUUCUGCUACCCUCACCUAAAUGAGCUGGAUUAUGACAUUGCCUUGGUCAAGCCUGUAGAAGACAUUAUAACAAACCAUUUUAUUCACUAUGCCUGCCUGCCUAAGAGAGACAGCACUCUUCAUCCAGGACAAUUCUGUUGGGUGACUGGAUGGGGGAACACAAGAGGUGGGAAAGAAAACCUGGCUUUGUCUGAGGUUUUGAACCAGGCCAAGUUACCAGUCAUAGAUUUCAGUACAUGUCGCCUAAAGAAGUUCUGGGGAGACAGAGUUCGGCAGUCAAUGCUCUGUGCUGGAUUCAGGGACACUGGGGAGCCUCCUGCUGCCUGUCAGGGAGAUUCAGGUGGACCACUGGUCUGUCAGAUUAGAAGAGAAAAGUGGGAAGUGCAUGGUGUAGUUAGCUUUGGACCUAUUGGAUGCAAAGUGGAGAACAAACCCAGUGUCUUUACAAGGACUUCUGCUUACAUUUCCUGGAUUGAAGCAACCAGAAUCCGGGACUUCUUUUUGUAAAGACAUGAGAUACAACUGAAGUGGGGGGAAAAAUAAAAAUCUUUUAC